AUGAGAAUACACCGGAUAGCUACUUUAGACAGAGGAAGUGAAAAAAGCGUGCAAACAAGAGUCUUUUCAGAGAGUGAACUAACACAGAACGAGAGGCACAAAGAGUAUAUUCGGGCAGUUAAGGACAUAAAGCUGGAUCACAUCUUUAGAAAGCCCUUCAUUGGCUGCUUAAGCUCCCACACUGAUGGAGUCACCCGAAUAGUAAAAUCGUCCACGUCAAAAGUUCUCUACGCAUCCACUAGCUACGACGGAACAGUAAAAGUGUGGAACAUGAACAAGCGGGAGGAGAUUGAAACCGUAUCACUCAACCAGAACGCGCCAGUUGCAAUUUCCUUCCUUAACGACGCGCUGCUGUACAGCAAAGACACGCGCAUUGUGCACAGAGAGGUAAACUAUGCGGACAUUCUUACAGGAUCCGUAGAAGAGCUGUCUGCUCCGGUGGAGACUGAGUUUGUGUCAGGGGCUGGUGUGCUGGACAUAGUUGGUGCAGGGGAAACGCAGUUCUACGCCUCAACGGUUGAUGGGAUUGAAAUUUUUGACAAAAGCCGAAUAAAGGCAAUUGCAAGCUAUAAAGGAGAGCGGCAGGCAAAAAGGCUGUACAUAAGCCAGGAUGCCAGGCCGCUGCUCUAUGCAAUUGAAGGAAACAAGAUCGUUGGAUAUGACAGCAGAACAGGAAAACAGGAAAUUGACAUCGUGGCAAAGGCAGAGAUCAACGCGCUCUCAAUCGAUCCGUCAGAGCCUUCGCUAAUAGCUGCAGGAACCAACAACGGAGAGAUCUACAUGUACAACACCUACUACACAAGCAACAACACAGGAUACAUAACCCCGCCGGCAAGAACCCUGAGAGGGCACACGACCGCAAUAACAGACAUACAGCACUCUGCAAAUGGCACGCGAAUUGUGACGGGCUCAACAGAUAGAACUGUUCGGAUAUUUACAAACGACGUCACACACAGACAGGAGGCACUCUACCAUAACAAGAGAAUGCAGAGCGUAAACGCAGUCUGCUGCACAAGCGACAACGCAUACAUCCUUUCCGGAAGUGUAGACACAAAUAUACGAAUAUGGAAGCUGGACCCGAACUCUAGCACAAAGAUAUGCACACGAGCAGAGGAAAACUCCAGAGCGCUUGGAAACAUGAUCAAGAACAAGUAUAGAGAUGUGAUCCAGCUGGAAGACAUGAAGAGGCACCAGAUAGUCCCGAGCAAGAUCAAGAAGGCAAUGAAGAAUAGAUACAACCAUAUAAAGGCAGAGGCCAGAAAGGAGCAGAGAAGACAAAACCACGGGCUUCUCCCAGAAAACCAGAAAAAAUAG